AUGAAUGAUGGCCCCAAGUGCCUGUCCAAUUCCUGCCAAAAGGACUCCGAGGGCCAUGCUGCUGCCACGGCCACUGGUUGCCACUGCCUGGACUCAUCGGCGGACAGUUCUGCAGAAGACUGUGUUGAGGAAACCGAUGAUCCUUGCUCUUCUGCCCCUUGCCUUCACAAUGCUACUUGUGCAAACGCUCCUGGAAACCUCAACUUUACUUGCGAUUGUCCCACGGGGUACACUGGCACUGUCUGUGAAACCGCCACUAGUUUGUGUGACUCGUAUUUCUGUAGGCAUGGAGGCACCUGCCAGGAUGAACCUGGUGGCUUCACUUGCCUCUGUGCUGAAGGAUUCACGGGUAGACGCUGUGAAACUGACCUUGACGGAUGCCUUUCCAGCCCUUGCCUCAACGGAGCUUUGUGCAGAGGGAGGAUCGGGGGAUACUCCUGCUACUGUGUCCCAGGUUACCAAGGGAAAUAUUGUGAACGGGAGGUGGACGAAUGCGCUUCUGAACCUUGCCUGAAUGGAGCCUCUUGUUUGAACCUGAUAGGGAAGUACGAGUGCAUUUGUCCUCUUGAGUACACAGGCAUUCACUGUGAAGAUGACAUCAACGAAUGUCACGCGAACCCUUGUCAGAAUGGAGGGACCUGUGAAAAUUCCCUUGGGAGUUAUACCUGCCAUUGUCUCUCUGGAGAGAAAGAUGGGGUUUUUUAUGGUGGCCAGAACUGUACAGAAAUCCUCUUUGGCUGUGUUCAACAUACAUGUCAGAAUGGGGGGUUGUGUAUUCCCCAUUUAAGGAAUGGACAACAUAGAUUUAACUGCAUAUGUUCAGCUGGCUACACAGGUGCACACUGUGAAACCACCACAACAUUGUCUUUUCAGGGAAAUGGGUAUCUUCGGGUAAAGAGCAUUGCACCCUCCUCCCAGGACUAUUUUUACAACAUAAACCUUAGUUUUUUGACUGUUCAGCCAACAACUUUGAUAUUUUACCGAGGGGACAAAGACACAUUUGUGAAGCUGGAGUUACAGAAUGGCUGUUUAUACUUAUCCCUGCAAGUCAACAAUCAACUGAAGGCCUUUUUACAUAUAGCCUAUAAUGUCAAUGAUGGCGAAUGGCAUUCAGCGGAGGUCACCAUAGGCAGAGCAGUAACACUGACGUUACACAAGAGCUCUUGCACAGAAUCCUGUCUUAGUCAGACGGCUGCCAUAGUGGAUAGCAGGCAGGCAGUGAUUGCUUUUCGAAACGUAUUUUUGGGUGGCUUGCCGGUAGGGAACAAUGGCUCUCUACUAAACAUCUAUAGUACACAUUCUGCACCUUCAUUUGUAGGCUGCCUUCAGGAUGUAGAAGUGGACUUCAGCAUUAUUAUCCCGGAGAACUUAUCAUCCGAUACAUUUUUAAAUGUCCAAUCGGGCUGUGUUAAGAAAGAUUGGUGUGAGUACCAGCCUUGUCAAAACAAGGGGCAUUGCAACAACUUAUGGCUGAACUAUCAAUGUGAUUGCUACCGGCCUUACGCUGGGCCCAACUGCGCUACAGAAUACAUUCCAGGAAGAUUUGGUCAUGAGGAAACCACUGGAUAUGCUGCUUUUUCCCUAGAAGAAAGUCAUGAAAAUACCACAAUAUCAAUGUUUGUGCGAGCACGCAAAUCUUUCGGCUUCUUAUUGGGCCUAGAAAGAAACACGUCCCUCUUUCUCAAGGUCUGGCUGGAAGAUGGGAAACUGGCAAUGUCAGGCCUGCACUCCAACAAAUUCUUAAGUGUGCAGAUGAUGAAUGACGGAAAAUUCUAUUUCAUUUCUUUAAAAAUGGGGCCAAACACGAUGGACUUGUUUCAAUCAUCAAAAAAGUUGGGCUCUGUUUCUACACCCUUAAUGAAAAUACACAGAAGAGACAUUCUCUACAUCGGCGGAUUACCAGACAAGCGAGAAACCAUUCUAAACGGCGGCUUUUUCAAAGGCUGCGUUCAAGAUUUAAGACUCGGCAACCACCCACUUGAAUUUUACCCCGUCUCUGCCUCCCUGAAUUCUGCCAGCAGCAAGAGCACCCUGGUCAACGUAGGUGCAGGAUGCAUCGGAGAUGACCUCUGUCAGUCUGCUCCAUGCCAGAAUGGUGGUGUUUGCUAUUCAAUCUGGGAUGACUUCACUUGUACCUGUCCACCAAACAUGGCUGGGAAAGCUUGCGAAGAAGUGAAAUGGUGUGACCUCAGUCCUUGCCCUCCUGAAGCCCAAUGCCUGCCGGUGUAUCAAGGAUUUGAAUGUAUCUCCAAUGCCAUUUUUAAUGGCCGAAGCAGUGCCAUCUUUUAUAGAAGCAAUGGGAGGAUCAGGAGAGAUCUCACUAAUAUAACCUUUGGUUUUCGGACUCGAGACUCAGAUGUGACACUUCUUUAUGCCGAGAAGGAGCCAGAGUUCUUCUCUGUCAGUAUUCAGGAUGCCACAUUGUUCUUCCAGCUGCAAAGUGGCAAUAGUUUUUUCACCUUGAGCCUGGCUAGUUCCCUAUCACUGAAUGAUGGGAACUGGCACAAGGUCACCUACUCUAUGAUAGAGCCACUGUCUCAGUCAUCAAAAUGGCGUAUUGACAUAAAUGAUGAGAGAGACCAUGCUACAAGUACUGUUGCCACUGGAAACCUUAACUUCCUCAGAGAAGGCACAGAUGUCUAUCUGGCUGACAAAGCUUUUGAUAAAGAAGAUGGGCUGAGAGGGUGCAUGAGCACCGUAGAGAUUGGUGGAAUUCAUCUCUCCUACUUCGACAAUAUUAAAAAACCACAAGAAGAGCAGUUUCUCAAGGUCUCUGCCAAUUCUGUCGUCACUGGUUGCCUUAAGCUGGAUGCCUGUCGCUCAAAUCCUUGCUUGAAUGACGGGCUGUGUGAAGAUUUUUACAGCUAUUUUCGCUGCAGAUGUGCCAAGGGAUGGACUGGAUCUCAAUGUGAACUCAGUGUGGAUGAAUGCUCUUCAAACCCUUGUCUCCAUGGAAAUUGCACUGACGGGAUAUCGGCUUACAAGUGUGUAUGUGAUCCUGGAUACAGAGGAACGAGGUGUGAAGAAGACAUAGAUGAGUGUCUUGGACAUUUCUGUGAAAAUGGAGCCACGUGUGUAGAUGGCAUUAAUGGUUAUUCAUGCCUCUGCGCUGGGAAUUUCACUGGAAGAUUUUGCAG